CUGCGCCAUACUCGUGUCGGAUUGCGUUAUUUGUCAACGGAAUUUACCGCUAGUAUCGAAGUAAGGAAUAAAGUAGCCGGUCGUGAGUGUGUGCACGUGUAUGGUUAGCGUACGGCGUUGACACUUUCCUCUGAAUACGUAUCUCCGCUGGAUCAGUUACGUAAAAUAUCUUAAUCCAAUUAAGAAGAUCCAGAGCGAUAGUGACUCGAAAACUAGCGAUAAAUUUGUAUUGGUUGUCGAGGUGGCUGUUUCGACGUGAUCUUGGCGCGUACAUUUACACGAUCUCGAAAUCAAGCGGCGUAUUACAUGGCGUCUGUGUGAAUCAUGUACGCUAAUUCUUAAGUUACGAUAUAUUAUUGCGUCUUGCGAUGUGCUUUCCGAAUAAUAUUCUAUACUCAAGUACGUAAUGUUAUAAGUGAACGGGGAACAAAACUAAAGACACAGAAAUAGAAAAAAAAAAGCGAUCGAGAUAUAUAUCUGUAGGUAAAAGGCAAAGUAAAGGCACAGUUAGAUAAACUCGGUCUUCCGUAACUAAACGACGGGGGCUUGUUGCAUUUACGUGGGUGAGGGUAGACCUACGAAAAAGGGCGUGGAAAGAUUAAACGAGUUAAAUAGCCAAGACGUAAACGUACGCUAACAUUAUGGGUAAGACGCCAAAGAAGGCGACACCUGGGGGCGAUGAGAGGAAUUUGUACAAUCGGAGACUGAAGGCAACGACCGCGCCGCCAAAUCCUUCUGAAACUAGCUUGCGCAAGAGACAGCGCAAAUCCAAGAUUUCGAACAGAUCUAAAUUGAGUACCUUAAUAAAGAGAGUACCACAUAAUCAAAGGAAAAACUUUAAAAGCAAAAUUCAGGAGCCAAUGAAAGUUGAAUUAGAGCGUUCUGCAAAACAGGGAACAGGAAAUCCAGAUAAAACAGCUGGAAGCUCUAAGGAAAAAAAAUCCGUUGUUCCACAACAAAGUGAAGAAUCAAACUCUGCAAAGAUGCAGCCAGAAUCAGAAGAAGCAGAUCCAAAGCUAAAUCCAACUGUACAGGUGGAAUAUACUAAAAACGAUAGUUCUAAAGAUACACAGGAAUCUGAUAAGGAGUAUGCUAGUCAUACUCCUUCUGAAUCCAUUUCAGUGUUGGAAACACAGGAUGAUUUGGAAAACGCAGAAGUAGUGGUUGAGAAAGAGCAAUUGGAAUGCCAGAAGGAAGCGAGCAAUUCCGAUAAAAAUCAAGAAGAUUGCCAAGAGAACAAUCUAAAUUUACAUUUUGAAACAGAAAAUAAUAUUGAAAACACAAUUACAGAAAAGACAGACAAUGUAGAUUUAAAAAAGGAAAACAAUGAAAAAUGCCCUCCUGAACAGGAGAUGACAAAAGACGAUAUACAUGAGAAGGAAGAUUUGCAAAGCGAAUCUCAAACCGACACGGAAAGUAAUUCGGCAGAUGUUAUAGAGUUCACAACGUCGGAAAUAUCUGAAGCAUCUGAAAUUUUAUCACAGAAUGAUGUCGAGAAGGAAAAGGAAAAGGAAAUGGAAAUAGCUGAGGAAAGCAUCGGCAAGAAUAUAUCGUUCGUUUCGUACGAUCCUUCGAUAAUGUUGAAGGACGUGCAGAUUAAGUUGAACGAUUGCUUGAAAGAGAAUUCGAAGUUAUUCGACACGAGUAACGCUAGUCACAGUAUGUCGAGCCAGCCGUCGAAGGAUAUGUCCUUCGGGAAGACGCUGAGAAGCAUUUCUGGCCGGCGUUCUCUCAGCAGAAUGCGUCAUGUGACUUUGCGUGAGUACAGGUACUCACCGAGCGAUUCGAUGUUCGUCAAUACGUCGAGCACAUCGUUGCCGCAGGACGAAGCAGUGGAUUUUAAGAUUCUUCGUUAUAGUACCGAUUUAUCUGACACACUUUCUACCACAAAUGGUAGUUCGACCGAAAGAAAACGAAAACUUGACACUGAAGACUGGAAUUCUAUGAAAAAGCAGAAAACGGAAACUGAGAACAGCUUGUUACAUAGUCCUAUCAGUUUAUUGAAAGGGUUACGCAAGCCUAUACAAGUCUCUACCCCGGUUUCCGACUUGAAAUUUAAGACUGGUAGAUUGGAACUGGACGAGAAUAGUAAACCAGCAAACGAAGGUAGCAAAAAAUGGUGCACUAUCAUGUAAAUUACCAUCGAAUCGCACCAUUGAUGAAAAAGAGUUUUAAGAGUCUUUUCACGCGAAGGCAGCGGUUCGUGCCAUCCCAUGCGCCUUCACAAACAUACUAGGUACAUACAUGCGUUAACAUAUUAUCGAGUUAUAACGCUGAAUUAUUUUUCUUCAAUAGCGUAAAGAGAAAUUUUUUUUCAUUUAUUCGUAUCUGUUUCUAUGUUUGUUCUUCUUCCUUUUUACGGAAAUAUAUUUAUAGCACCGUACUUUUUCUAAAGCAUUUUUACUCUUCAUACGAGUUACGUAUAAUAGACCGUGCAAUUCUACACUUCAGAGGCUCAUGAAAAGACAUCGCGUUCUUAAUGAAUAACCUUUUAAACGUUGACUAUAUAUAUUAUGUGUAUAUUAUUAAGUCUUAUAUUUGUAACUAGCGGUCGAGUAUAUUUUAUACAAACAACAGAAUGUAAUUAUAGGAAAUAUGUAAUGGUAGAAUCCCCAUUCUCGUCACUUGAAAAAGCUAUUUCAUCGAAUAGGAAAUUCACGGUAUUACGGUAUAUAAUCAUACAAUGGAUAAGAUAUAUUUUUCGAAUAUGCUAUAUAUCGUUCGCGUGCAUUAGUUUGAUCGCAUCGAUCGAUUCUCGUUUAUGUACAAGAUAACAUUGUUCGCGAGUCAACGGAAAAAUAAAUCGCACUUUUUUUUUUUGUCCGUUUCGUCCGCUUCAGUUUACAUAUUAUAAGAGAUACGAUGCAACAAAUUAUUUUACUUUUUGACCUUAUAAAGUAUAUUUUCUCACAGUGUAGACGUAAGUCGAUUAGCAUCAGAGAAUACACUUUUUAGAAGGAAUAAGUUUACGUUUCGAUGAACGAGGUAACUAAGUCAAUUGGAAACUUGAGAGUAUCGUAUAAAAUACGUUUACCUUGUGCGUCAGUUUGUCGAAGCAAUUCUAGAGCUUACAUACUUUUUAUCGCGAAAUUCACGAAAAUCUCAAACUAACGAGAUUGUAGUGGCAAUUUUACAUAUUUAUAUAGGAUAAAUCAUUGUUACGAGAUAGCUCGUAUUUUAUGGACAGCGCUUGCCAUGUUCAGCGAUGAGGCUAAAAAUAUUUAAAAAUAUUAGAUUUGUCAAUCAACGUCGAAUAAAUUUCUCUAUGAAGGCCACAAUUGAAAACAUCAUAAGUCACGUAAUUCCUUUCUUUUAUGCAACAAUUUUAGGACUCAAUCUAUCUUCAAUCAAUUCUAUAGAAAGAUUUACUUUUGCAUUUGAUUUUAGAAUUAAAUGUGUUCCUCUUUUGAACAUGUAAAAAAGGUAUCAACUAUGUUAAGACACAACGGCUAAAUCAAAGAUGGAAAUAAUCUGAUAGAAGAUGAAACUAGAUGAUAAAUCCAUGAUGUUUUUCGUAAUACAUGAAUAAUACUGAAGUAUUCCAUAUCAAAAUACUUUUUUUUUUAUUUCACUAAAUGGGAUAGAAAUCAGAAAAUCAAGGAACAUAGAUUUACUAUGUUUUUCCUGUGUGGUCUUCAUUUGGUAGAUCGAAAGUCAUGGUAGUAUAAGUCAAGAUUUUGGAAAUUUGGGCCUGUUUCAAUCUUUAAAAGUGUCAUUUCUCUAGCUUCAUAAUUAAUUAAAUAUUAAUUUUAUUUUCUAGAGCGAUGACUCGAUACAAUGUGAACCUCUUGCGAAAGAUAAAUGCGACACACGUUAUUUUAUUUGAAAAGUAGCAGUACAUUGACUUAUGCUGCGAAGGAUUCGAAACGAUUUGGAAGGAAAUCGCGUGCGAUUCCACAGCUCGUCGCUGUUCGUGAAGCGUGCUCGGUACUGUUCUUUGUUGAACGAUUGAUUGCCGAUUGUUAUGUAGAUGGAACAACGUGAAACAUUUGAGAUCGAAAGUUUAUUAAAUUCGAUGUAAAUACUCGAGACUCGACAGAGCUCGCGUUAUUACGUGUUGCGAGUAUGAAACUGCCGAGUGUUUCGACCAAAGCCGUAAAGCUCACUUUUUACCAUUACAUGUACGGUAAACACACAGAAAUACAUAGAUAGAUACGUAUGACGUAUUUUUCAAACUGCUCUCCAUGACAUUUUUUUGAUCGAAUAACAGAGGCACAUUCAUCUUCUACGUAGAAAUUCAUAUGCUCAUACUUCAAGUGCAACUGUUAAAAUUCAUCAGGGCCAAACACGUAAUCUCUCCAUGCACUUUUCUACAUGUUACAUUAAGCGAGAACACAAACAGGAAAGAUUGAAACCAUGUAUGAAUAAUGUAUAUAGAAAAUGAGAUUUAUAAUAAACCUUGGAAAUCUGAGA